AUGGCCGGUUUCAUGACCGUUCUCACGAUGUGCGCCAUCAUCCAAACGCUCUUUUUCAAACACCAAAAACUCCUGCCCGUUAACAGUAAAUGGAGGUUCUCCAAAACGGGUUGGAUGAUAUACAUCGCUGGUUUAUACAUUUCGAUGGAGGCCCUCCUCUGCUGGGCAAUCGGCCAUAUUCCACUGCAGGACGGUUUUGAUGCACCGGCUAUGCAGAUUUUGGUCAAGAAAUACCCUUGCUUGGCCUAUCUUCGAGACGAGCCAGCAAUUUACGCUGCGGACAUGAGCGGGAAUGAGGUCACCGUUUCUGCAAUAAUCCUGUUGUGUGUGAUCGUUGUGAUUGUGAUCAAGUCAUAUGAGCGCCAACACAAGGAAGAUGCAGAAGCGAUAUCUCGGCACCCUUAUCUUCCAGCUGCUAGUCCCGAUCACAGUAUUUGGGACCCCGUGGGGGUACUAUGCCGCGAUUAUGUUUACCGACAUCGACUACUACCAACAAAUCAA